CCGUCCGUGCGCACAGACCACCGCGGGCAGUCUCAACUUGACGAGAUACGAUAAUUGCGAAAAUUCUUAACCUAAUAAAUAAUUCUAUCUUAAAAAAAACAGUGCAAUCACGUAAAAUCCAAUAGUCAGUGAAACAUAAUUGAUUGAAGAAAAUUUAGCGUGCGGAUUUUGGUCUUGACCAUCAAAAACACUUCGAUUGGAUCUCUGAAACGGGAAUGGGAGUAUCAGAUACUCCAAUUCGGUUCGUUUGUGAAAACUGCUGCAUCAGCUUCCCACCAGUGCCGAACAGCUGCAGAAUGGCGAUGACAUGGAGAUGAGGGGAAGGUGAUAGUGCCGCCUGAGAGAACUUGUCCCCUGUUUUUGGUUUGACAAUACCUGCUUGUAUCAUACCUCAAUAACAAUGAUGUAAUACACCGCCUCCUAGUGCUGUUUGGGAAUUUUAGAAUCUCCACAAAUUGUUUUUUUUUUUUAACAAUUUGUAGAACAUGUCACAAUGUCAAAUAGUGAGUACUGAUAUUUUACUGGAGUUCCUGGAAGUGGCAUUCCACGGAAUCCUCUACUACAGAAAGAUUUAUCCCUCCGAGAUUUUUAGAAAGAAAAAGCUCUACGGAACUGGAAUAUGGAUUUGCGAACAUCCAGAGGUCAAGGAGUACUUGAAAAAUAUUCUCAACGCUGUGAGAGAAGCACUCACCGCAGAUAUCACCAGUAUCAAAAGUGUUAACUUGAUAAUAACGGAUAAUCAAGGAAUUCUACUAGAAAAAUUUGCUUUUGAUUUAUUAAAAAUACAGUUUGAUGCCAAAGAAAGUGAUCCAUAUUUUUUAAAAACCGAGGAAUCCUUAAGAACUCUUUGCUUAAAGUUCUCGAUGUUGGACUCGUAUCUGAAACCCCUUCCUGAGGAUUCAAUAUUCUCUAUUGAACUCGACACCCACGAGGCAGCUCUCGUAAGCCUCUCAGAGAAUCCAAAGUGCGAGGAUUUUCCCUGGAUCAUCAGAACCGAUAAUUCGAUUGAAACUUCUGGGAGAACUUCACUCCUUCCCCUCUACACAGUGAGAACCGACCACUUGGCACUUCAGUUAUUUGUUAUUGGAGAUACAAAGGUUUAAUAACCAUCCAAAAUUUAUUCUCUCUAUGUUAAACAAAAUCUUUAUCUAUUUUCAAUAUUAAAUAUCCAAUACAUUCACAGAAAUACAUUCCGCUCAGUUUAAA